CUUCUGUUAUACUUUUGCAGCCUAAAACAUCAUCUAUAAGACUAUCAUCUGUCACAUAACUAAGUGCAAAUAGAGAUAACAAUGAAAACAACAUUGCUUUCAUUCCUUCUCUGCUACUGCUUCAUUCAUCUCACUGUUGUUGUCUCUGCCAAAUGUCUCCAAGAUCAACAGUCAUUGUUGCUUCAAUUAAAAAACAAUCUCACAUUUGCUCCUCAAUUUUCCACCAAACUAAAAAUGUGGAAUGAAAACACUCCUUGCUGUAAUUGGAGUGGUGUAACCUGUGACAAUGAGGGAAAUGUUAUUGGCCUUGAUCUAAGUGGAGAAGAAAUCUUCGGUGGAUUUGAUCAUUCAAGUAGUCUAUUCCGUCUCCAAUAUCUCCAAAAACUGAAUUUGGCUUAUAACAAUUUCAAUUCUUCCAUUCCAUCUGGAUUCAGUAAGUUGGUGAUGCUGAAUUAUCUGAAUUUGUCAUAUUCUAGCAUUGCGGGGAAUAUUCCUAUGGAGAUUUCAAAGCUUACAAGGUUAGUUACUCUUGACCUCUCUUCUUUUAGCAAUUCAAAAGAACAAGGGCCGACAAUUUACAACCGAAAUCUACCAACAUUUCUCCAAAAUCUAACCAGUCUUAGGCAACUGUAUCUAGAUGGUAUAAGCAUACCAACUAUGGGACACAAAUGGGGAAAUGCUUUGUUGCCGCUGCGUGACCUGCAAGAGUUGAGUAUGUCUCGCUGUGAUCUAUCCGGACCCCUUGAUUCUUCACUCACAAAACUAGUGAACCUAUCCAUCCUUAUUCUUAAUGGAAACAAUUUUUCAUCCUCGGUUCCAGAAACAUUUGCCAAUUCAUUGUCAAACCUCACACACCUUACCUACCUAGACCUUUCUUAUAAUAAUAUAAAUGGUGAAAUACCUUUAUCCCUUUUUACACUCCCAUCAUUGGAGGAGAUUUAUCUUUCCUUUAACAGGCUGAGUGGGUCACUUCAGUUAGAUAAUGUUUUGAAGCUUAAAAGUUUAACAGCACUAGACCUUUCACACAACAACAUAUCUAUCCAUGAGAAUGUCGUAAAUGUUGAUUUCUCUUCAAUUCCCAAAUUUAGAUAUCUAAGUUUGGCAUCAUGCAACUUGAACAUUUUACCUAAUUUGUUGAUAAAUCAAUCCACAUUGUUUCAUCUAGACCUUUCUAAUAACAAAAUCCAAGGAGAAAUACCAAACUGGAUAUGGAAAUUACAAGAUCUUAUAUUCUUGAAUUUUUCUCACAAUUUUAUCACUAGUUUGGAAGGACCUUUUCAAAGUCUUAUUUCCAAAUUGGAAUUUCUUGAUCUUCAUAACAACAAACUGCAGGGGUCAAUACCGUCUUUUCCUAAACAUGCUUUAUUUUUGGACUACUCAAACAAUAAUUUUUCUGCUUUCCCGCAAGAUAUUGGUAGUUCCCUAUCAUACAUGAAUUUUCUAUCUUUUUCUAACAAUAAUAUACAUGGAAGCAUCCCUGAUUACUUAUGCAAUGCUUCGCAACUUCGAUUUCUUGAUAUUUCCUUCAACAACUUUUCUGGAACAAUUCCUCCAUGUUUAAUUACAAUGACCAAUACCCUUGAUGCAUUAAGCUUGAAAGAAAACAAUCUCACUGGCCCCAUACCAGAUAUGUUUCCAAAUUCUUGUUCUGUAACCCGAUUGAACUUCCAUGGAAAUCAAUUACAAGGGCCAAUUCCCAGGUCUCUAUCCCACUGCUCAUCAUUGGAGUUAUUGGACAUUGGAUCAAAUCAAAUGGUUGAUCAUUUUCCAUGCUUCAUAAAUAACAUACCAACACUUAGUGUCUUGGUUUUGAGGAACAACAGAUUUCGUGGUUCUAUAGAAUGUUCAGAAAAUAAACCUUGGGAAUCAAUUCAAAUUGUGGACAUUGCAUUCAACAACUUCAAUGGAAAACUACCUAAAAUGUAUUUCACAACCUGGGAAAGAAUCAUAUAUGAUGAAUAUGUUGAACAUGACAUCAACUACAUGUUACAGUACUACUACCCAUAUUAUCAUGAUAGUGUUACAGUUACAUGUAAAGGCCAAAAGCAGGAGUUGGUUAAAAUUCUACCAAUUUUCAACGUCAUUGAUUUCUCAUCCAAUUUUUUUGAAGGACCAAUACCUCAGUCGUUGAUGGACUUCAAAGAACUUUAUAUUUUGAAUUUUUCAAACAAUGGUCUUACAGGUGAGAUCCCAUCUUCGAUAGGUAACAUGAAACAGUUAGAGUCAUUGGACCUCUCAAAUAACUCCUUGGUUGGUGAAAUUCCAGUGCAACUAGCAAAUUUGUCCUAUCUUUCUUAUUUGAACCUUUCUUUCAAUCAUUUUGUGGGGAAGAUCCCAACAGGUACUCAACUUCAAUCAUUUCCAGCUUCUUCCUUUGAAGGAAAUGAUGGACUAUAUGGACCUCCAUUGACUGAAAUACCGGAUGGUAGAACAAAGGACUUGCAUCCAGAACCAACAUGUGACAGACUAGUUUGCUCAAUAGACUGGAACUUUUUAAGUGUUGAAUUGGGAUUUGUUUUUGGACUCGGAAUGAUCAUUGGUCCUGUCAUGUUUUGGAAGAAAUGGAGGGUAGGUUAUUGGAAACUUGCGGACAAAAUUCUCUGCAGGAUUUUUCCAUGGAUGCAUCUUGAAUAUGCAACUGACAGAGGAAAAACAUACAUUGUUUUAAGGUGGUAGUUGCAUUAGGAUCUAAUGUGUGUGCUAAUUAGUAUAAUAGUAUUUUAUAUUUCAGCAUUUGUUGUUGUUUAUGCAUAAUUCUAUGUGAUAAUAUAUAACACGCUUCUAAUAUUCCCGUAAAGUGUGGAAGACUAGUUUCUGACUUUCUAAUUUCUGCAAAUUAUUCUACAGCCUUUGUUGAGAUCUGAACGUUUUGAUAUGUAAAUUAAUGUCCAUUCUAUUUAUGCAUUA